AUGCCCUGGCGGCCACUGCCUCGCAUCGCCUUUGCGGUGGCCAUCUACCCGUUCCACCCCUCUUCUCCCGCGGACCUCCCCCUCGAACUUGGCGAUGAAUUGUAUAUUAUUGAACAGGGCGGUUCAAAUGGCGAAUGGUGUCGCGGUUAUCUUGUUGCGCCACCGUCAUUGCUGGCGGGUUUGACGAGUACCAAGGGUCAGACACUGGAGGCCCGCGUCUUCUCGGGUAUCUUCCCGCGGAACUGUGUCGAGAUCCGGGAAGUUCUCGGCGACGGCGAAGGAUAUAAAGCUCUACUCAAUGGCGAUCGGAAGAGCGUAGAUCGUUUGACCCUGCCAGGUCUAUCGGGACCAGAGACCGAUCUAGUGUCGCGCAGCAGUGUGGCCUACUCGGUCACCGAAUCCCAGGCCGGCGGCGAGGUGUCGGACGUGAUAGUCGCUAAGAAGGGCAAACCAGCACAGAUUGUGAUUCACAAAAUAGACGAGUCCGAUCUAUCUAAUCCGCCAUCUGCGCAUACCUUCCGAACCGGAUCGAUACCGCACACGCCCGUGACUUUGACUCCCCGCGACCCCGAUGCGCCGAAGCCCGCUGCCCCCGUGCCGAUGCUUAAAGUUGGCGACGAGACGCCCACGUCGCUAACGGAGCCAUUGGUCGACGAAAUCGCCUCCUGCUUGCGUGAAUGGCACUCGACAAACUUGCACGAGCUGCUACUGGCUCGCCAGUAUGAUGUGUUGGAGGAAAUGUCGACAAUCGUCCAAGAGCUGGAUUUCGCUAGACGCCAAUUGCUGCACAAUGUGUUGACUGGUAAAGAGAAGGAGGCACUUCGGGAUGAGACAGUCUGGAAGCUUGUGAGAGCCAACAAAAUGUUGAGCGGGGAUACUAUCGUACGGGAUCCUGAGCAGCGAGGUCGAUUGUUGACGGGUGAAGAUUCGGCCAUUCAACUCGCAAAGCUCCAGUCUGAAAUGAGCAUGCUCGAUAGCAGCCCGGUUACCCAUUCUGACACGACUGCUCUGAACCACCUCUUGUUGGAAAUCAACGCAGUGUCAGGCAAUGCCCCUGGACCUGUUUCUCUCGGGAUCCAGCUGUAUUCGCGGUCCGACUCUGGCGCAUUCAAUCCGUUGUCUGAAACAUACAGCCUGGAUAUUCCCUCUCCUGACAAGUUUGUCAGUUUGACACAGAGCAACAAAUUGAAAACGCUUUUCACGGAACUCGCUGCAACGGAUAUCGGGGAUGGAUCCCCGAAUGGUCGCCAGCUAUAUGUCGUUGCUUCUGUGCGUGCAGCAGAGUCUCGAUCAACCGUUGAUAACACACCCGUCUCAAGAUCGUCGAUAUCACGCGAAGGGUCCAGUGCUUCAAAACCAGCCGCUGCUGGUGGAAUCCAGCCAUCGGUCAAAGGCAGUCUGCGAACUCGGCGCAGCAUGAUGUGGGCACCUAAGUCUCGGGGCUCUCCCAGUCUGGAUCAAACACCCAGGUCUGCUACCUCAGGAGCUCCGCGGUCAUCGAGCAGCUCGUCCGCCCCGCAAGAGCCAAACACACCCCAGCCUGCCACUAUCAAAGAGAGCUCUACCAUACGGACCAUUGGUGUGGGUAUCCUGGAGGUGUCUCCGAUUUUACGACAAGACCGGGACACGGAAUCUGUCAUCAACAUCUGGUCUCCUUCCCAUGAAGGUGAAGAAGGCGAGGGACACCCUGAUGGGUUUGAAAAGCUACUUCAUACCCUUCUCCCUAGCCCGAACGGUCGGUAUGUACGUGCUAAUACCGCUCGUCUGCACAUAAAUCUGCAUCCCUUCACGAGUACCGACCAGGAAGCCCUUGUGCGUCAGAACCCAACAAUCCUUCAGGAUGUUGUGCAGACCCGCCGCAUCGGUUUCUCCAAGGCCCCCACCAAGCCGCGGUCAGAUAUCUACGUGACGAUUUCGCAAGCUGUCUUCCCUACAGAUGCCCUUCUGUCUCACCCAACAGCUGGCCAGAUUCCUCUGCAGCCAACUACCGAUCUUCGCAACCUCCAGCUCACACUAGAAGUUCGCGAUGCGUCUGGUGCGCGGGUGGACAAAUGCGUCUACCCUUCAUCCGCCCAUACUUCACACACCGCGUGGCGGACGACAAUUGCCGAACGGGGUACGCCCUGGUAUCAAACUAUUCGCCUGAACAUUCCCACCGAGAAAAUUCCCGGCUCGCACAUGAUUAUGAGCGUUGCCGAUGCGCCAGAAUUCCCGUUUGCCUUAGCGUGGAUGCCUCUCUGGGACCAGCAGGCUUUCAUCCGAGAUGGCCAGCAUUCUCUGCUGCUCCAUGCCUAUGACAAGCAGACAUCCAGCCUCGAGAACGGCAAGGGAGCGUACUUGAACCUUCCGUGGAGUGCCCUGGGCAAAAACGAGUCGGCCAAGGACGAAGCGGUUACAGGACCUUUGGCAACUCUGCGCCUCCAGACUCACCUCUGCAGCACGGAGUACUCACAGGAUCAGGUCAUCUUGAGCCUUAUGAACUGGAAAGAGCGGCCUGUCGACGAAGUACUUAAUACCCUCAAGCGCUUGCUGUUCGUUCCCGAAAUGGAGAUUGUCAAGCAACUACGUGGAGUUUUCGACGCACUCUUCGGUAUUUUGGUGGAGAAUGCUGGCAACGAAGAAUACGAAGAUCUAAUUUUCAAAAACCUGGUUACUGUACUCGGCAUCGUUCAUGACCGACGGUUCAACCUGGGCCCUCUGGUUGACCACUAUGCGGAUGAGCAAUUCAAUUUCCCCUUUGUUACGCCAUGCCUGAUUCGGAGCUACCUGCGCCUACUGAAUGCUGCCACUGAUGUCCACCAGUCCCGCAAUCUCCGUGCCGCGUUCAAGGUCGGACGACACCUGCUCAAGUUCAUCAUUAAUGCCCGCGAGCAGCAAAAAGCAAAGGAAGAGGGUAUCGGAAUUACCUCGGUUCAGUCGACCUUCAACCGAGACUUGCACACGAUCUUCAAGUCUAUGGAAAGUCUCAUGAAAAACACCUCUCCAGCUUUGGUCGGAAGCAAGACCUUGAUUGUGCAGCACUUCCACUCAUGGCUACCUGAACUUUCCAAGGUCCUUGGCCGCGAUGAGAUGAUUAUGAUUGCUUUGAGUUUCAUGGAUUCCUGCAAGGAUGUGACGGGAAUGUUGGUUCUUUACAAGCUGGUUCUGAUCCAGAGCUACACCCAGUUUGAAAUCUUCUCCUCCGGAGAGGAGAGACAGACUCUAAUUUCUAGCUGUGUGGGCUGGUUGGCACCCUACUGGGGUUCUACUACCAGCGUCUCUGACCAGUACCGCGACCAGGUUCGCCUCAGCAGUGCAAUUGUGGCUCAGUUGCUGAACCAGCUUCAUCCUCAGCUUUACGAUUUCAUGCCGAGCAUUGUUGCCUCUUACUGUGCUAUUUCUGCGGAGGGGGUGGAUGAUACGGAGUUUUUGUCCCUGCUCUUCAGCAAGUCUUUCCCCUUCCAAGUCAAGGUCUCCAAGACCCCUCAGAAAUUCGAUGAAGCCUUGGUCGAGUUGUCGGCCAUCAUGGCAGCCAUUUCUAAGAUCGUGUCUCCCAAGACUCCCAACCUGAAGGAGCUGGAGCUAGCAACGUUUGUUGGCCAGGCUCUCGAGGCCCACAACUCUAUCCUCGACUGCGAGGCCUAUCCGGAGACCUGGUUCAGUAUUCACGUGUAUAACCAUCGUGCAACGAUCAAGAGUUUGGAGCACCUUGCUCUGCUCCUGAUUGACAAAUUGCUUCCUGAUGCUGAUGACGCCGACGACUUUGAUACAAAUCUCUGGGAGUCAUUCUUCACGACGGUGCUCAAGGUGAUUUCUAGUGAUGCCCUAGCCCUGGAAACAUUCCCCGAGCAGAAGCGCCGCGCGGUCUGGAAGAUUGCGGGUGAUGUUCGUGAGCAGGGUGCCGACCUUUUGCAAUCUACAUGGGAUGCAAUUGGUUGGGACACGACCGAUGAGGAAAGAGAACGAUUCAGUCUGAAGAAGCUGGGUGGGUAUCAGGUUCAGUAUGUACCUAAUCUGGUGCCCCCAAUCAUUGAACUGUGUUUGAGCGUGCACGAGGGUCUUCGUCAUGUUGCCGUUCACAUUCUCCGGACGAUGAUUCUCAGUGAGUGGGACUUGAACCAGGACAUCUCUAUCAUCGAGACCGAGAUCAUCUCUAGUCUAGACUCACUCUUCAAGGUCAAGCAUAUGAGCGAGAGCGUCAGCCAGAAGAUCUUUAUUGGCGAGCUACUGGAAUUAUUUGAAGGGGAUGUGGAAUCUGACGAGGAUUUGUUCAAUGCUGUCAAGGGUCUCAUUGCCACCGUUGAUGAACUGCUCGACCUUCUGGUUGCCUCACAGAGCAGUUCCUCGACCCAAAGUCUGCAUGCACUGAAGCUGAUGGAGUACAUGAAGGACAUGGGUCGUGAGGAUAUCUUCAUUCGUUACGUUCAUGAACUCGCCGACCACCAGGCCGCCUGUGACAACUUCACCGAGGCUGGUCUGGCACUCCAGUUCCACGCUGACCUUUACGAGUGGGAUGUUAACAAGCCUCUUCCCGAGCUGAUGACGCCGGCCUUCCCAGCACAGACUGCGUUCGAGCGAAAGGAGUCUUUGUACUUUUCGAUCAUCCAGCACUUUGAGAACGCCAUGGCCUGGUCCCCUGCGUUGGCUUGCUACAAAGAACUCGCAGCACACUACGAGAGCACGACAAUGGACUUUGCGAAGUUAUCCCGGGCGCAGAGCUCUAUGGCUCGUAUCUACGACUCUGUCGCCAAGGGCACCAAGCAAUUCCCCCGGUACUUCCGCGUUGUCUACAAGGGUCUCGGAUUCCCGCCUAGCCUCCGGGAUAAGGAGUUCAUCUUUGAAGGUUCCCCCACGGAGCGCAUGGCAUCGUUCGUGGAUCGUAUGCAACGGGAGCACCCUACUGCGCAGAUCAUGUCGUCGGGUGAGAUCCCUGACUACGAGGGCCAGUUCCUUCAGAUCACCGGUGUCACGGCCCAUCGUGACAUUUCUCAUUCCGUCUAUCAACGAUCGAAGGUGCCUGGGUCCGUUCGCGAACAUUUGCUGAUCUCGGAGCCAACUCGCUUCUCGGCCACCUCUCGGCGACACACCAACAGCUCGGAUGUGCGUGAGCAGUACGUUGAGAAACUUAUCUUUAGUACUGCGGAGCCAUUCCCGAAUAUCCUUCGUCGCAGCGAGAUUAUUGCUGUGAAGGAGGUCGCCCUGUCUCCCCUGCAGACUGCCAUCGAACGGACAUGGCGCAAGACACAGGAAUUGCAGAUUCUGGAGCGUCGGGCGGCAUCGGGCGAGGACAAUGGCUUGUCGAAUUUGACCGAGGCGCUGGAACAGUUGCUUGAGAUGCGAUCAUCACCGUCCAACUGCGUUGCGGUUUACCGCGCUUUCUUGGGUGGUCCUCAAGGUACCAAGGAAAGCAAUGAGGGUGAAACGGCAGAGACUGAGGACGCUGAUGCCGAGAUCAAUGAGGAAGAGGAGGAGCCAGAGACCAUGGACCCAAUGGAGAAUGCUCUUGCAGUUGCUCUUAUCGACCAUGCCUUGGCCAUCAAGCACGCGCUCUCCCUUUAUCAGCGCCCAGCUCAACAAGCUACCCAGGCCGAGCUCCUGCGUCGUUUCGAGACGGCCUUUGAGCCUGAACUUGCAUCCCUCUCGACUACCCCGCCGGAAUUCUCAUCACCAACUCCCACACAGCCUUCUCAUCGGUCCCCCUCAACAGAGACGCGUCUUAAACAGGCUGUGCAGCGCUCCGUCAGCCCGGAACAAGAACUUAUCCGGGCAUCCCGGGGUAAUACACACAACCGUAAGCGCUCAGAACGGCAGUCGGUCAGCCAUCGGAUCAGCAUUAUCAACCCAUUCAAGCGGUCACACGGUGCCUCGAACUCUAUUUUCACCAUCCAGCAAUCCCCGGAGAAGGCUCAGAAUGGCACAGGUGACCUCGAGGAGGGUACCGAGGACGACACCGCCACUAUCCACAGCCGAGCCACGAGUCAAUCCCGAGGUGGUAAGAGUGACAAGCGGCGCAGCUGGUUCGGCGGAGAAAAGAUUAAGCAGGGCUCCUCUCCAUCCGUGGCUGCUGUCAGUGAGGAGGUUCACGGCACAUCGCCCAAGAAGCGUCCCUCACGGAGUGCAUCCCGCGACACUGCCGCCCAGUCCCACGACGGACGCAGCCGCGCGGGCUCGCAGCAUCGUGGACCAACUGCCACCGGUGCUGUCGGCUCCCCAUCCGAGCGACCAACCCCUGCGUCGAGUGGAGGAUGGUCUACCAUCCCUUCUACGCGCGAUUAUGCGCGCCCAGUGACCCGGGACAGUGCCCACACUGGUCGUGACUUGGCCGGCAGCUUGAACGGGGCGUCGCUGGCGUCGGUGUCUGCGCAGCCGGUCAAUAAUCUACCCAACAAUAAUGGCAUGCGCGAUUCGGUGUUCCGGCGGUUUAGUCUUUUGAAGGGGGUUGGUCGGAAGACUAGUCGUAUGGAUUUUAAAGCUAACGGCACCUUGCAAGAGGAGUAG